CCAUUUAUUUUUGUUCAGUGCAAUCUAGGACGUUGGACCAGAUGAAGAGCUGUUAGGAUUCUUUUGUUUUGUUUUAAGGUUUGAGGAGAGAGAGGUGAUUAAGACACCGGUGGUUUUUUCUCCUGCAUUAAACUGGAGGGUGUGGGAAUUCAGUGAUAUGAACCCAUUUCUGGAAGGUGUCAUACAGGAAUUCAAAGACGCCCUAACAUCUGAUCUGAAAUAUCUGAAGAAAGCAAAAGUGACUCUGGAUCCAGAGACAGCUCACCCCCAGCUCAUCCUGUCUGCGGAUCACCUGAGUGUGACGUGCGGAGAUAUGUGCGAAGAGGUGCCGGACAACCCAAAGAGAUUCAACCAGCUCACGGUGGUGCUGGGGAGAGAGGCGUUCACAGAAGGCCGAUAUAGUUGGGAGGUUACUGUGGGGAAUGAGGAAGAAUGGGCUCUGGGGGUGGCCCGGAAAUCUGUGAGGAGAAAGGGCAUGUUCAACUUCACUCCCCAGGAAGGGGUCUGGGCUAUGGGGAAGUGGAGGGGUCAGUACAGGGCCCUCAGCGAUAAUCCUUAUCACUUGCACCCCAGCGGUGAGCUCAGAAGGAUCCGAGUGACUCUGAACUACACGGGGCAGCGAGUCGCCUUUUUCGAUGUUGACAGAGGAAUCGCCCUUCUUGCCUUUGCAGGGGGUUCCUUCUCUGGAGAAGACCUUCUCCCCUUCUUCUGGCUGCAGGAAAGAGCCCAUCUCAGGCUCUCUCCAUAGAACAGCCAAAAUAGUGCAGGAGGUCAGGAGAAAAAUAUUGCACUUCGGCCUGCUGGGUGGUUAUUUGGGGGCAGGGGGGCAGCAACUGGGAGUUUUGGGAAGACCUGGGGAAAACACUCUCAGUGCAUUCGAAUGACAAGUGAAUGCCUAGAAGGUACAAAAUGAUAUUAUUCCCUAAUAUGGAUUCGCUCUCCCCAUGGCCCCCCAAAAUUGACUUACCACCUCAGACAUGUCAGUGCUACCUAUAUGCCAAAAAAGGCCAUCCUACAUGGUAAGUUUAUUUGGGGUGGGGUUGUGAUUGAACUAUUGUGAUCAUUGUGAAAGUGGACAAUAUUUCAUUUUAUAGCACUUUCCCCCUUCAAGAUAAUCGGCAGUUUGUUCAGCGAAAGUAUCACUGCAUUCUAAAAAAAAAAAAAGAAUUCAAUCAAGACAUGUUUUUGGCACAUGUGUCCAUCCUGUGUACUUGUAUUAAUGGGUUCUUUUGAUUUCUUUAGACUGUAAAAGCAGACUGUACGUAUGUUUAGCUCUUUAUAAUAAAAUAGUAUUCUUAUUUUCUGUAA